UGUUUUAGCAGAGCAGAAUCCUAGGACUGGAUGUGGGGGUGUGCAAAGUCCCAAAGAAAAGACCCAGAGAAAGGUCAGACUUCAAAGACUAGAGAAAUGUUUGCUUUGGUCGGGAGGACACCUAUGGCUGUUUACACAGUAAGGGUCAUAACACUAUGAGUUUUGGUUUUACAGGGAAAGUGGUUCGGAAAUAAGGGGCGGAGAGAAGCGGAAAAUGGCCCAGAAUUGCUGCCGGUGUGGUUCUGUGCCCCCCACUGGGGAAGCUGAGACAUGCUCAUCUCAAAAGGACAGGGAGGCCGAGUUCCUGGCCAGAGUUCCGGCACAGUGGGGACUGGCUCUGAUGUGAGGGAGGGCGGCAUGUGGAGCUGGACAGAAGCUAAUUCAUGGACCCUGAGGGGCAGGAAUAGGUGUUUGGGAAGCACACUGGAUACAGGCCCAGGUCCUGCCCGUCUCGGCCACUGCGCCCACAUUCAGAGAGCAGGCCUCGUGGGUGAGGACACACUGUUCCUCCUGCCAAGUUAAUCACUUCCUCACCCAGCCCAGGUCCUGCCCCAGGCAGGAAUAUAGCUCUGCCCACGGCAGCUCCUGCCCAGACUCAAAACCCCCCUGCAGCUCAGGACCCAGGAGCAUGGUCCUGGGAAGGUGGAGUUGCAGGGCACCCCUCAGGCACUGCCCCUCUCCCCAGAAUGCCAUCAUGAAGGCACAUAUGCUUGUAGGUGUGCUGGUCGUGGUAGGCUUCGCAGUGGGAAAAGUUCCUGUUCCUGAACUCCGGACCUGCCACCUCUGCCUCUUAGAAGACCCUGCUGCAGGAUGCAUUUCCGGCUCAGAGAAAUGCACCAUCAGUAGCUCAUCCCCAUGCAUGGUGAUCACCAUCUAUUACGGUACCAGGGUUCGCUUCCUCAUCCGAGGCUGUGGACAGUACAAUUCUUACCGCUGCCAAGAAAAACGCAACACCUACUUCUCAGAGUACUGGUACCAUGCCCAGUGCUGCCAGUACGAUUACUGCAACUCGUGGUCCAGCCCUCAGCUCCAGAGCUCCCAGCCUGAGCCCCCUGGUGCGGCCCUGAGCCUGCCUCUGUCCAAGUCCCAGAUCCAAUGGUUCUACCAGGCCCUGAACCUCUCACUGCCCCUCCCCAGCUCCCAUGAUGGGAAGGAGCCCAAAGGCCUGGACCCCCUGGCUGCCCUGCCCUUGAACCUGGGCUUGUCUGUUGCCGACCUGCGCCACAUAUACUUGUUCCUCAACAAUUCAGGGCUUUUGGUUCUUCCCUGGGUAGGGCCCUGACCACUUACACUUCUUGAAUUGCAGUCUGUUCAGCGUCUCUCCCAACACCCAACCCCCUGCUUUGGCCUCUCAGAACUCAGCUUCUCUGCUCUGCUCUUUCAGACCUUCCCUUUGUCCUCGUGUCUACAUGGCUCUGGUUCCAUUCCCUCCUCAGAAAUCCGUCAUGCCCAGUGCUCCUUCCUCCUGGAGAAUAAUCUCAAGUGCAGAUCUGCUAGGCUGGCCUGGGAAGGCAGCAGCUCCCUUGUCCUUUUCCCACCUGAGUGUGCCGUCACCCCAUCUUCCUCGUCCCCUCUGGUCUGGUCACCUGCCACCUCCAUUUAGUUCUGGCUGCCUCCCGUCCUGUGCCUGUCUCAGACGCAGGCCAGACUGGAUUUGUAGCGAGGGGGAUGAGGGUUGAGCUGUGCAGAUUCCUGGUUGGGCACCCUGUUGUCCCUGCCUCACUGUCCACCACCCCACUCCCACCCGGGUCUCCUGCUGCCUUUCUCAGCUCUUGUUCUGGUCGCUGGCCUCCUCAGCCUCACUCCAUGUCACUGAGUCCUGAUACCCACUUCCAUAGGUGCCCAAGGGAGGGGAGAGGGUCUGUCCUGCUCUUCUCCGUGUCCCCCGAUUUCCCUCCACAAUAAACAGACAGGGUUAAGUCUGAGUCACAUUGUUUAUGGGGUUAGGCUCAGGUGUGGGCAGGUGUAGACAGGUGAAAAAGUUAAUUGGGUGUGGGGUUCAAAUGGUUGCAGAGCUCUGCCCACUCCACCUGGUUUUGUGGCUUCUGGCCUGCCCCAAAGGCCCACAUCCAUCCCACCCUCUGCUCAGCAAGAGAUCAAAGCUUGAGGAUUAUGAUGCCUCCCGGCCUUAAACGUACCCUACAAAACCUAGGAAGUUCAGUCCAGGUGAUGUCAGAUUUUUCCCCCUGAAAGAGGAGGAAAAACUUCAGGAAAACUCAGGAGCAAACCUAAGGGCCCAAGUCUGCACCUCAGUCACCUAGUGCUGAGGGACCUGUUUCCUGCCUGUCUUCUUUUAAUUUUGUAUGUGUGUUUUUUUUCCAAUUGAUUUCUUUAGAGAAACACUGAUGGUUUUAACUGCCUCCUGCAUGCCCUCUACUGGGGAUUGAGCCAGAAACCAGAAUGUGACCUGGUGCAUGGGGUGACACCCAACCAACUGCACCACCGGCCGUAUCUGCCUGUCCAUUCUUUUUAGGUUCCUGGUAUUCAGGACCCCUUAGCUGGGGGCCUUUUAUUUUAUUUUUGAAAAUGGCAAAUAUCCUGAAAGCAAUAAUUAAUAGUCGUAACUCCCUUUUCCUUACAUUCAACAAACUACACACGCCUGCUCUGUGCCAGGCCCAGUGUUAAGCACCAAGACUCAGAAGGUACAGCCAGGUCUGCCCUUCCAAAUCUCAACCCAAUGCUGGGGUGGUAAAUCCAUUUCUGAGAAGUGCAGCCUCGUGGCCGGGAGCCUGAUCUCGGCUCCUCCGGGUGGGUAAGCUGGUCUCUCAGGUCUAUGGCG